AUGACCCACAGAGAUAAGUGGCGCUGGUCUGGAGGUGGAGAGGUGACAAAGUUCUUUUGGAACAAUGGUGAACCGAAUAGCCGACCUGAUGAGAACUAUGGAGUCAUGAAAUACUGGUGGUAUGAUGCAUUUAUUGGACAUGAAUUCACAUUUUUCUGCUUCAGUGUGCAUGUGGUGAGAGAGGAGAAGACUUGGGAGGAAGCGAUAGAAUACUGCAGACAGAAUCACACAGAUCUGGCCUCCAUCUCCUCAGAGACAGAGCUGAUGUUGAUCCAGAAAGAGCUGAACAAAAGGAACACCACUGAACAUGUGUGGAUUGGUCUGCGCUUUCUGGCUGGAGACUGGCUGUGGCUGGAUCAGAAUGCCGGAGAGUAUGAAGCCUGGGGCCACUGGGAGAAUCCCAAUGAGUGUCCCAUUGAGACCUGCGGAGCUCUGAUGGUCAACAACCAAGGGGUCCACCAGUGGAACGCUCACGACUGUGUGAAGAAGAUGAACUUCGUUUGUUACUGA